UGCCCCGUGCGAGCCCGUCGAUUCGCUCCUGUCUCCCCCGCGGCCCGGCCAGGGGGCGGUGUCUGCUGCGCCAGGUUCGCGGGACGCACGUCUCCAGGUCUGCCUGCUCCUAGGAGGCGGGCGCGGUGCGCUCGGGCGGCGGCAGCGGCAGCGGCGGGCGAGGACUCGCCGAGGACUGGGCUCCGGCCCGGGAUAACCAACUCUCGUUCUCUCUUCUCUUGUGCUUCCCCAGCGGUGGCGGCGGCAGCGGCGCCCAGGAGCCCGAGUCUUCGCGGCGCCCCAGUCCCUCCCCCGCCGCACCCCUCCCCGGCGCGAGAGGAGAGCGCGAGAGCCCGAGCCGCCGGCGGGCGGGCGGCGAAGAUGGCAGAGGCGCCGGCCUCCCCGGCCCCGCUCUCUCCGCUCGAAGUGGAGCUGGAUCCGGAGUUCGAGCCCCAGAGCCGGCCGCGCUCCUGUACGUGGCCCCUGCAGAGGCCGGAGCUCCAGGGGAGCCCGGCCAAGCCCUCGGGGGAGGCGGCCGCCGACUCCAUGAUCCCCGAGGAGGAGGACGAUGAAGACGACGAGGACGGCGGCGGGAGGGCCGGCUCGGCCAUGGCGAUCGGCAGCGGCGGGAGCGGCUCGCUGAGCUCCGGGCUGCUCCUUGAGGACUCGGCCCGGCUGCUGGCUCCCGGAGGGCAGGACCUCGGGGCCGGGCCAGCCCCGGCGGCGGGCGCGCUGAGCGGGGGGACGCAGACGCCGCUGCAGCCUCAGCAGCCAGUGCCACCCCCGCAGCCGGGGGCGGCUGGGGGCUCCGGGCAGCCGAGGAAAUGCUCGUCGCGGCGGAACGCUUGGGGGAACCUCUCCUACGCCGACCUGAUCACUCGCGCCAUCGAGAGCUCCCCGGACAAACGGCUCACUCUGUCCCAGAUCUACGAGUGGAUGGUGCGUUGCGUGCCCUACUUCAAGGAUAAGGGCGACAGCAACAGCUCCGCCGGCUGGAAGACAGGAAAGCCAAAUCUGACCCGGAAGAAAUAGUGCAGCAGGUCAGUCCACCCCUCAAUCUGUGAUUCACCACCUGUGUUAGGUGUAACUGGCCCCACCACUGCAGGCCCAGUACUCCUGACUCUCAGUACCUAGACCACCCUUCUUGGCAACCCUGCUUUGUGUACUCAACAUUCCCCUUCCAUCUCACCUGGGCCCUGUUUCCUGAGGGAUUUUCUAGGAGAAAGACUAAUCUGAGAAGCAAAUUAAUGCUAAAUUGAUGAUGGAACCUCUCUGUUCUGAAACUGAAUAUCCUGGAUGUCAUCUGAUUUAUCCCUUUAUUUUCUGGAUGAGGAAAUUAAGGAUGAAAGAUGUAAAGGAACUUCCUGAAAGCACACAGUGAGGCCACUCUUGUUAUGAACUGGCUCAGUGGUCACCGCAGGGACCUCCACUUGUAGGAGGAUGACUUGCCUGGCCGUCGUCUGGUGGGGGUCUGUGAACAUGCCGGUAUCUGCCUGGAUGCGCUCCUCACUUCAGACACCACUGCGUUUAUUCUCCAGGAAGGAGCAAGGCUUUUUGUUUCCCUGUGGCCAGUGUGGCGGCAUUCUGUGGAAAUGCACCUGUGGGGCACUUCCUCAGGCGGCUAAAAUGCUGCCUAAUAAACCUCCAGACCUUGACGAAUGCCUGCUGGCAGCCCUAUAAUCCGAGUGAUGGGGCCUGAGUAUUCUAAGUGGUUGUAACUUUGAGGGUUGUGACUGUGGGAAAGUGUCACACUCCAUGUAAUGUUUCCAAGAAUUAGUUACUCUGUGCCAGAGGAGUGGGCAUAGUUAGCCAGAUCAAUGGCUUUAAUUGGCAGCAGUUUGCUGCAAGUGAAAUGCGCAGUUCCACCAGUCUUAAUGAUGGGCAGCCCAUACAUUUCAUACUGUUUGGUAGACUUGAUAUCUUUUAUUGGGAAUUAAGUCCCCAAAGCAGCUUUCUGUAACUAUUAAAGUCUGAUUGAUAAUGCUCAGCUCUUUUGUAGCCACUGGAGAAGUUUGGUAGUAUUGGGAAUGAGCAAUUUCUUUAGCUUUGGCAUUGAGAGCAAAAGUGCCACUUCUAGUUGCUUUUAAUGUUACUAGGAGAUUUCAGUGUCGACUGAUUAUUGAAAGGUUUGUGGCAAAUCGGAUUUCUAAUGUGGUGGUGAAUUAAUCUAUAUGUGCUUUAAAGGGGAACUGAAAAUACAGCAAAUUAUCUGAAUAAAACUCCUUGUGAAUAAAGUUUCUUGGUCACACAAACGGUUGGAAGUUCAGGUCCCUCAGCGGCGGGUUGGUGGCAGUGGUGCUAGCUUCUGUAGCCUGGGCCAGGGUCGAGGCCUAACCCCAGCGCUCACAUGACAUGGUCAUUUGGGGACAGGGCAUGGGAAUGUGUUGUCUGGGCCGCAGCCAUGAUUAUUCAUUCGUCUGCUUUCAUUCAGCCAGCGUGGUGAUGUGUGGAAGAUCAAGAUGGAUGCAGAAGUGGGCACUGCCUUUGAUGAGUUUGCAGCAUAGUGAAUGAUAGGGAUGUGCACACAAAAAGUUGCAUCAUUUCUUGGGAGACUGCACUGGGAAAGGCCCCUGUGGCCCAGAGUCUUUCUUGCCUGGAAAGAAGGGAAGGCUUGCUGAGCUGUGCAUCCUGAUGUGUAUUUCUGCUCAUCCUUCAUUAUUUUCACUUCUGAUAAUGAAAUUUCUGACAGUGCCAUGUGUUGUUGGAGUUCAUUUUCUUUUGUUGAUAAAAGUAUUACUGCAAUCAAAGAAUUCCUUGCAGAACUUUUCAACCCUCAAGGAAAAGUGAUAAAACACAGACCCGGCUUGAUAGAUUGCAGGGUACGGGGAGGAGGGAGUCGUCCUUCCUUUUGCUUUGGCUUUGCUAUUUGUGUAACCGGGAAAGAAUACUGAGUCUGCUUUUUGUAAAGGAGAUAACUUGGCUCAUCCCUAACUUGCAGAGUGUCGGGUAAAUUAAUGAGUGGAAGGCACGUAAUAAUAUGUGGCACUUAUGUAGUCUUUUGAUGAUUUCACCUAAAAUCUUGCCAUCUGGAAACUUGCAUUGACUCAGAUGCAGAGCCAGUUUUGGAUGAUACUGAGUCCAAUGUGUAUUUAAAGUGGUUUAGAUUUUCAUUUGGCUAAAACCUAGGAGGUUGUAGACUAAUAGAAUAAUAAUAAUGCUGGCUUCUCCUAAGGAGCUCUGAAUCGCCUCAGAAGCACUCUAAUGGGAGGUAAGAAGCAGGAAUCGUAUUCUGUUUCAUAGCCGUUAAAUGGAAACGUGGUAGCCUGCACAGGGUCAGAGAGCUGUCCCUUUUGAAAUGGGAAGUUGAAUUCGUGAUCUAUGGCUUUGGCUCUUUGCCACUAAGCAUUGCUGUCCCCAAAGCCUCCAAGCCAUGAAGAAUCUUUGCCAUCUUAUUUCUUAGCUCCUGGGAAGCAGAGUUUUCCCACCUGGGGUUUAAAUUCUGCCGAAGGUGCCUAAAUCCAAGCCUGACAGAUCUCGAGCCCCUUGGCCUGGGGACCAGCUGCUGACUGUUGAGUUUGGACCCCAGUUGGCAGUGUGUCCAUGGCUCUGUCACUCUCCAGAAGGGCCCUCUGCACUCCCUCAGCACCUCACAGACUGGGGCUGGGCUCUUUUUCCCAAGUCAGCUGAGAGCCUCUGCAAGCUGUGCCCCAUGCUUUCCUCCAAUUUACAGAUGCCUUUUACCUCUCAUUAGACUGCUUCUAAGGCUAUUCAGGAUGCCUUAGAUAAGCUAUCAUUAUUAUUUUUCUUCUAGUCUACAGUCUCCUAGGUGUUUGCUAAAUGAAAAUCUAAACCGCUUUAAAUACACAUUGGACUCAGUGUCAUCUAAGAUUAGCUUCCACUGAGUGGAGGGGUGUGCUGUCCCAGGCCUCUGUGCCCUUCAUUCUGGCUGCUGCUCUUUGCACCCUUUAAGGGAGACAGGUGAGGGACGUAGGCUGAAGUUCUGCUUCCACCUCAGUCCCAUCCCACAUGCUCAGCAGGCUCCUCGCUUUAUUAUUACCUCUAAAAGCUGACACAGAUCUGCCAUUCCUGGAUGCACUCAAGCCUACUGAAAAGCAAAGACCACCUUUCCCUAAAGAUGUUAAUUUCAAAUCUGUGUUUGUUUAUGCUCCUUUUAUGCCACAGUGGCAACUUACAAAUUUAUGCAGUAUGAAGGAUGAAACCUGAGAGUAAAUGACAAUCUAGUACUUGACAGGUGCUCGAGUUAGGCCACAAGUUUGGCUCUUGAGUUUCAUAGCAGCUGAAGGAAAAAGGGAUAUAAGAUCAACUUCCACAUUUGUAAUUGCGUUUAAAUAAAAACAGACCAGUUUCACAGAAGGAGCCUGGCUUUUUCUGUGAGUGAGAAACUUUUCCUCUUAGGACAUCAUAAAGAGAACACUGAUCUAAGAGAUGACAUUCGUAUAUUAGAAACUUGGUUCUCUAAGGUGACGAGCCAGUCCACUGGUUUAAGUGCUCUUUCCUCAGUGGUGUGUUUGUCCAGUGUUGUCAGUCCUUUUCUGACACACCAGGAGUUUGGUUGGGUGUGUAUGGCUCCCGACUUAGGAGUGGCUGGGACUUACAGAUAAGCAGUAUGGAUCAGGUUCUUUGGGAAAGUUCUCAGAGCAGCCUGUGGGAGAAAACCAAGACAGAUGGGAAGCUGAGGCAUCAGAAGAGGUGGACUGAUGGCGAAAGUCUUGGUAUAAGGAAUUGCCUAUACUAAGAAGAAGUAGCAGGGACUCUGCAGAAGGGGCUGGGGUUGAGGGGACUGCCAGGGAGCUGGUAUGUAGCUGGUUCUCAGUACAAGGGCAUUGGCGUAGUCUAGCCUCCAGCAGGACUCAGGGGAUGUGAGACAGGACUGGUUCCCCUGAAGCAGGCAGGGAAGGGGCCGGGGGGGUGAGUGAGGAAGUAGUAUUAACAUUUAUUGAGCGCCAUCCUCACGAUAAACCUGAAGGUAAAGAUUUUAUUCCUUUCUAAUUGCUGAGGAAACUGAGGCUCAGAGCUGGGUCUGGCCUUUGAUUCGUUCACUAGGAGUUUGGUGCACCCAGUGGACUGAGCUCACCCAGCUUCUGAGUGGCAGAGUGAAUACAGACCGAGUCCCCACUGUACCUCCUGAUUCCCCCUCCUCUAUCAGAGGUCUCUGUCACUUAGAACAAUUGCUCAGGGCUGGAAUAGCCUCCAGGCGACAGAUGAAGGGAUCCUGACACUGCUUCUGUCUGGGUGGAACUGGUCCCCAAACUGCUUGAGGGAGUGAGGUGGUUCCAUUGAGGGGCAUCAGAUGUGGGAUUGAUGGGAGUCGGGGGUGAGGCAGCACUGGGAGACUUGUGUGCCCACCUGUGGGACAUGUAUUAUGCCACUUCAUACAAAAAUGUAUGUAUGUGUGUACACACACACACACACACACGCAAGAUCCCACAGUUUGCCUUUGAAGUGCAAGCCGUGGCUCAGUCCUGUCCUUGUUCUUACUCCCCUCCAUCUUAGGCCAGUCCAUGUUCCUGCAAACAGACAAGGCAUUGUUGAAAGUACAGUGCACUCGCCUGCUUUUGCAUUGUCAUCAGAAACCCUUGACAAAAUGUUUAAUUUCUCUCUAAGGUUAUCUGUACUUGGUCAACUUGCCUGAUGGUACAUUUGCUUCUGGAACCUGGAACUUUCGUUUUCCCACCUGUGUUGUUACAUUAAGUCAGUCAUAGGACACACAAAAUAUUUUUAUAGAAAACUAAAGGAUUUCUGCAUUUUGAGAUGACUCUGACCAGUGUUUCCAAACUAGUAACAUUAACUGGGACACAUACCUCCCUCCUCUCUUCUCCUCUAGCAGUAGUCCUUCCUACUGCUCCCUGUUUGCAGUAGGGUAAGAGGGACCUGCCUCCUGAGUGUAAGGUUCCACCUAAAAAUGAAGAUAAUUUUUAAGGCAACUUUAACAGAGUUAAAAGCUCUAAGUUCUUAUGAAAUCUGCCAACCAGUUGCAUUGCUUGUGACCUCAUUAAGAAUGUUUUAUUUCAUCAUCUUUAAACUGAUAAAUUCAACAAAGAUAAAGAUGAUAGGUAUGAGUUGUUUUUUGGGUAAAUUACUUUUGAACGAUUCUUUAAUAUAUUUAAAAAUGCAAUUUAUGUUUUUCUCUGCAGUUGGGCUUAUUCUUUUUGCUAGUGUGCUGAUUCAUUUGCAUGGACCAUUGACUGGAUAUAAUAUAUAUAUAUUUUGUCUAAACUAUAUGAAAAAAUCAAGGUUUACAAAAAGAAACUGAGGUGAUACAAUUACAUUUCUUUAAUUAAUGAGCUGUUACGUUUUUUUUAAAAAAUCAGAUUUCAGCAAUUCAGUUAUAGUCAACUUUUUAAGAAUGCAUUUGUUGGAACAGCCCUGGUAGCCUAGUGGUUAAGUUCAGCGCACUCCGCUUUGGCGGCCUGGGUUCAGUUCCCCGGGCAUGGACCUACACUGCUCUGUUAGCAGCCAUGCUGUGCUGACAGCCCACAUACUAAAAAAUAGAGGAAGAUUGGCAUGGACGUUAGCUCAGGGCGAAUCUUCGUCAGCCAAAAAAAAAAAAGAAGAAGAAUGCAUUUGUUAUACAAAAUGAGAUAUGUGUGCAUGGACACAGACUGAUCUUUCUCCCUUCCUCCCUCUGGUCAGCACUGCUUCUACUUUAUAUCCCUCUCCUCCUCCCAAAACGCAGUGGCUAAGAAAAAACUUAGAAUAUGAAGACACACUGAGCCUAUCUUUGUGGUGAGUCAAGAUGCAGUGUCCUGCUGGCUGGGAAACAGUGGUUUGGGUCCCACAGAGUAUAGGAGGCUGGAGAAUCAGAGGAAAUCCAGCUUGAGUGGGUCUUGCCCUUACACUCAAAGUCUCAGCAGGAUGCUUUCUGCUUUGCUGGGAUUAUUUUCUGCAAUUAGGCAAAAAAAAAAAAAAAGAAGAAGAAAGGAAAAAAAAAACACACAGUUGCUUCUGGUGUGACUGGAAAAUGGAAAAGCUUGAAGGAAUACAUACAGUUUUUGAUAGAACGUAGUGACAGUAUCUUAGUUCCUUAACAUUUGUUAAGUGAACAUAGUAUUGUAGGUUCUGCAGUAGAACAUUUGAAAAUGGACAUUCCUGAGGAUAUUUCCUAAGACAGAAUAGCCAAACCUGUUUCUGGUCUGGUGGGGUUGGGGAAGUUUGAUCUAGAUGUGUAUGGGGAGACAUAUGGAUGGUAUCAUGGUGCCUGUGUCCUCUUCCUGUGGACCGUUCCACACGUAGCUGUUUUCCAUGUUUCAGCUUUACUUAACUUCUCCAGAAAAUUAUUGUUUUUGAAAAUAAAAGAAAAAAAUCUCAGUGGUAGGGAGAAAUAUAGGCUGUAUUUAAACUGGCCUUUGUAAUUUUUCCUGGUCACACGCAGCCCACAUUUUGGAGCUCCGUGACGUAAGUGCUCCUUGACUGGGAGGUGGGAGUCUUGACCUGGCCAGGCCUUGACCACCCUGGGCCACACGACCGCAUGCACGACCCGGAUCCUUGUUUACUUCCUCUCCAAAUGCUGGGGACAUUCAGUCCUAAGAAGGACUAGGUGCCUGCACCAGCCUUCUCUCUCAACCCUGUCAUUCCUGACUGUCUUGGAAAGUGCUUCAUCCGUGAGGCAGGCUUUUGUUGUUCGAGUGCAGGCAUUAUUCCCCAGCCGUGCACCCUUCUCCAGAUUCCAGUGCAGACUUGCAGACCCGCUCCCCUGCGGUCUAGCCAGCGGUGGAACCUCGGCGUUAGCUGCUGUUAACUUUAAGAGCAGGAGGAGGAGUCUGGCAGGGGGUGGAUCUUUCUGGAGCAGGGUGACUGGCCAUCCAGCACGAGAUGCCGUGACUAAUUAAUUUGGGAAAGCAGUGCUUUCUUUAGAUGCUUAUGGGAAAUUUAAGGGACUUUUGGAUUAUACAGUGUUGCCUAAUGUGGAUUCUGUUAAGACUCAGUUUCUAAUUGCAAGGAUAUGAAAAAACUCUUUCAUACUGAAUGUUAUAGUCAAGCUUAAGCGAUCCUUUGCAAUUUCAUGAAUAAUCAAAACAAAAACACAUUGCCCAGGAUGAAACUGUUGCAAAAUCAAGUGGUAUUUUUUUCUUAAGGAAACUUUUCACCCUCUAGGGAUUUAUUCUUCAUCAAAGAAUAUCAUGUUCUAUACAAUAAGUCAUAAUAAAAACCCUUAAACAGUAGUAUUCAGACAAAAAUAGACACAUAGAUGUAUAAAGUCAAAUGUGAAGACUGCAGCUUAUUAACAGCAUUUAAUUUAAAUUGUUUUUUUGAGGGAUAAUACUCAAAUUAGGGGAAAGAAAAGAGGUAAUGGAUAGACAAAAUAAAAGUACUUAUUUAGACACUAUAAUGGCUGAGAAUUAUGAAUGGAGAAUUGAGACUGAUGUUUCUGUUAGAAUUUUGGAUGCCAUGCUCACAAAUUCUAUUAUGGUUCAAAAAAUACGCAACUUUUCUCAUUUUAGUCUUGGAAUUAUUGCUUUUUUAUGAGACUCAUAUUACAGCUUUCAGACUGGAGGGAACAUUAGAGCUCUUUCUAGGUCAGCCGCCUCAUUUGAUGGAAGGACCCAAGACCCAGAACUUGGUGGUGGGCUCAGAGCACAAAGCCAGUUGGUUAGGCAGAGUGGUAGGAAAUAGUCUCACUCUAGGCCCUUUCCUGUAGAAGAUGUUGUUGCCUGCCUUUGUGACUAUUAUAAAGACUUGCUUGGGGCA